AUGUUGGCCCAGGCUAUGAUUUCACACACACACUGGGCGGCUCAGCCACCCUCAGGCCCGAAUCGUUGCAGCGCCAACGUCAUCCGCCAAACGCCAAACGAACGCAAAGCAGACAAGGGGAUUAAGGUUGUGGUGGUUGCAGCAGAAGAGGCUCACGGAUUGCUGAGUACACCCAACUCCACUCCAAAAUAUACCAGAAAGCUGUGA